UCGUUUUCAGCGUUUCUUAUAAGAACUAGAGUCCUGGCUCAGCCCCAAGCACUGUAAUCUGAGAAUGGGCAUCCAUUGUUGCUGGGCAUUGUUUUUGGCCUUGGCAUUGGCAUUGACCUUUGCCACCAUCGGUGUAGCUCAGGACGCAACUCUUGUUCCAGCCAUCAUAACUUUUGGAGACUCUGCUGUAGAUGUUGGGAAUAAUGACUAUCUCCCCACCAUUUUCAAGGCCAAUUACCCUCCUUAUGGAAGGGACUUCAUCAACCAUCAGCCUACAGGGAGGUUCUGCAAUGGAAAACUAGCCACAGACAUUACUGCUGACACUCUUGGCUUCAAGACUUACCCCCCAGCAUACCUUAGCCCCAAGGCAUCAGGGAAGAACCUUCUGAUUGGAGCCAACUUUGCCUCUGCUGGCUCUGGUUAUGAUGACAAAACAGCCAUCUUAAGUCAUGCAAUUCCAUUGUCUCAACAAUUAGAGUACUACAAGGAAUACCAAGCUAAGCUAGCAAAGGUAGCAGGUAGUCAAAAAGCGGCCACCAUUAUCAAGGAUGCACUAUAUGUAGUGGGAGCUGGUAGCAGCGAUUUUAUUCAGAAUUACUAUGUCAAUCCUUUCCUUAACAAAGUAUACACUCCUGAUCAGUAUGCCUCAAUCCUCGUUGGCAUAUUUUCGAGCUUCAUCAAGGACUUGUAUGGCUUGGGGGCAAGGAGAAUUGGGCUGACUUCACUCCCACCAUUAGGCUGCCUGCCAGCAACAAAAACUUUAUUCGGGUUCCAUCAGAGCGGUUGUGUAUCCAGGCUCAACACUGACGCCCAAGGCUUCAACAAGAAAAUCAAUUCAGCAGUCUCAAGUCUGCAGAAGCAACUUUCAGGCCUCAAAAUUGCUGUGUUUGACAUUUAUAAGCCCCUCUAUGAUAUCAUCAAGUCUCCUUCAGACUACGGUUUUGCAGAAGCCAGUAGAGGUUGCUGUGGAACAGGGACAAUAGAGACAACAUCCUUGCUCUGCAACCCAAAAUCCAUAGGGACUUCCAAUGCCACUCAGUAUGUGUUUUGGGACAGUGUCCAUCCAUCUCAGGCUGCUAAUCAGGUUCUUGCUGAUGCACUGAUUCUCCAAGGGAUUGGACUCAUUGGAUGAGAAUUUAUACACAUACAUAAAUAUAGUGUGUGGCUUUUCAUCUCUCUACAAUGCAUUCAACUGUACUUCUUCCCUACAUUAUGCUUAUUGGAUAAUAUUUGUAUGAUCUCAACAAAUAUAAUUUUGUCCCUCUUAAUAAUUGGAGUGGCUCCAUGUAAGGUUGUUGUUGAAAACUAGUCCCAAAGGAAGAUUGGAAAUGCAGUGAAAUGUUAAAUAUUCCAUCA